AUGGUACAUGUUAACGGCCUCGUUAGCGCAGUAGGUCUCUUGCUUAUGUUUUCGGCAUUUGCUGCAGGCCACACCAAUCAAAAUCCAAGCAAGAGACUGUGCCCUUCUGGUUUCCAUCACUGGAACUCAUCAUGUUAUUACAUAGAUUCGUCAUCUCUGAAAACACGUGAUGAUGCUCAGAUCAUGUGCUCGAAUCUCGAAUCCCAAUUGGUCGACAUCACAUCAAUCGAAGAAGGUGAAUUCAUCCGAUCACUUGCGCUCGCUGAGAAUACAACUAUCCCUUAUUGGAUUGGCUUGGAAGAUAAAAAUAAGGUCUGGCAUUGGAUGGACGGAUCACCUUUGACCUUUACCAAUUGGGAUUUCGUCGAAAAUGGUCCCCAAAAUGUUGGUGCAGACUGUAUUCGAUUGAAACCUACAGGAUCAGGGUAUCGCUGGAACGAUAAUAGAUGCGAUAGUGAUUAUUUGGCUCUGUGUGAAGGGAGAGAAACAGGUAACUAUGGGCGUGUUCCUUCUCACACCCUUCCCAUUUUCUGUUUUGAACCUUUCCUCCUCUUUUACAGUCAAUCACAGUAA